ACAAUGCAAACCGAUCUAUUAGAUUUGAUUCCGAAAAUAGUAAAAAAUAUUCUGCUAUAUAACAUUAACUAAAGUAAAUACAAGUGUGGAAUAACACCAAUAUCAAUAACCAUUGGAAGUUUUCAUACAUUGUACGAUGAAAUUCAAACAAGCAGAGCAUUCGACAAAAGAGUAUUUUUCAAUGAAGAAGGAUGUGUGUGAUACUGUGAUUGGUCAAAGGUGGUCCUGCUCCAGACAAAGAGACAUGCCACGUGUCACAUCUCUUUCAGAUUAUUGGAUCGUUGACUAUCCUGUUGCAAGAUUUGUCUGGUUUUGUUUAUAAGAAGCUCACGAUCCAAUGCAUUUGACAAUGCUCCUGUUUUUCAAACAAACACAACAAAAAGACCUAUUAGUCAAAUUCCUCAAGAAACAGGUUUUAAGAGGGAGUUUAAGAGGGACCACGUUUCGACCCGACCCGAUACGAGACCCGGUCAUGAAAGCCUGAAUUAAGGAAAAGAACGGGCUCUUUCUUAUAAAUGGGCUGAAUAUGGGCCUUAAUGACGUCACCAAAGAUUUGUGUUUGAACACGUUGUCGCACACGUGCCAUUGAACUACAUCCUCUAGGCUUUCCACGUGUCUUCGCCAUGCACAUAUCUCUUUUCUUCCUUUCUCACGAAAGAGUUUGACUAAAACGAAUUCCAAACACUUCAACAGCUUUUGAUCAAGCGAACAGAGAAUGGCGACUGUCUUGCGGUUUUUAGGGCGUAGAAUCUGCAAUCCAGCGGCGGAGAAAGUACGUUUGAGCAGUAGCUUAAGCGAGGGAGGUGAUUUUCCGGUCUUAAAAGGCCAGAAAGCGGCUCAAGACUUAUCCAAAGAUACUCUAAAGUCCCAUGAAAUAACAAAAGAGAAAGAAGGCCAACACAAAGAAGCUAAGAAGGAGUUCAAGAUUUACAGAUGGAAUCCUGACAAACCUAACUCUAAACCAUUUCUUCAAUCUUUCUUCGUUGAUCUUUCCUCUUGUGGUCCCAUGGUUUUGGACGUACUGCAGAAGAUAAAAGCAGAGGAAGAUGCCAGUUUGAGUUACAGAAGAUCAUGUAGAGAAGGAAUAUGUGGAUCUUGCUCGAUGAACAUCGACGGUACUAAUACUGUCGCAUGUCUUAAACCCAUAAACCCCAACUCGUCGAAGCCCACCAUAAUUACUCCAUUGCCUCACAUGUACGUCAUCAAAGACCUAGUCGUCGACCUCACUAAUUUUUAUCAACAAUACAAAGCAAUGGAGCCAUGGUUAAAGACGAGGAAGCCUCCAAAAGACGGACGUGAACACCGACAAUCACCAAAAGACCGGAAGAAACUAGACGGGCUAUACGAAUGCAUAUUGUGCGCGUGUUGUACCACAUCAUGUCCUUCUUAUUGGUGGAACCCUGAGGAGUUUCCAGGACCCGCGGCUUUACUACAAGCGUAUCGUUGGAUCAGUGAUAGCCGUGAUGAGUUUGGAGAAGAGAGACUUCAGGCGAUAACUGAGAAUCAAACCAAAGUAUAUAGAUGCAGAGCAAUCAAGAACUGUACGGCCACUUGUCCUAAAGGACUUAAUCCAGCUAGUGCUAUUUUGAAAAUGAAGUCUAAGCAUUUUCUCUCCGAUCCGGUUGUGAGAACCGAGAGUCUCUAGCCUGAACAUGACUCGGACCGAUCAUAUAUGUAAAAGCUUUUUCUCUGGAUAUAUAUAGUCAUUGGCUCAUUGCAAUAAGAUUUAAUGUUUUUAAUACGCGUCUCUCUACUCUUUUUAUUGAUAUAACUUUUUGGAAAA